GGCAGCUGGGAGGCCGCCAUGGCAAGCUCCGCGGCGUCUUCAGUGCGACCGCCGAGGCCCAAGAAAGAGCCGCAGGCGCUCGUCAUCCCCAAGAAUGCUGCGGAGGAGCAGAAGCUCAAGCUUGAGCGACUCAUGAAGAACCCGGACAAAGCCGUUCCAAUUCCAGAAAAAAUGAGUGAAUGGGCCCCCCGGCCUCCACCAGAGUUUGUCCGAGAUGUAAUGGGUUCAAGUGCGGGGGCUGGCAGUGGAGAGUUCCAUGUGUACAGGCAUCUGCGCCGCAGAGAGUACCAGCGACAGGACUACAUGGACGCUGUGGCUGAGAAGCAAAGGUUGGAUGCUGAGUUUCAGAAGAGGCUGGAAAGGAAUAAAAUCACUGCAGAGGAGCAGACUGCAAAGCGCCGAAAAAAGCGCCAGAAGUUAAAGGAGAAGAAGUUACUGGCAAAGAGGAUGAAACUCAACCAGAAGAAACAACAAGAAGGGCCCAGUCAGUCCCAGGAGCAGCCAGCCAGCAGCUCUGAGGAGGCAUCUGAAACGGAAGAGGAGGAGGAGGAGCCCAGCUUUGUCAUGGGGCGAUGAGGUGUUUCAUAGCAGCCACCUGGGGAGCCUGACUCAUUCUGUGACCAGGGCUUCAGGAAGCCCUCAACAUAACCAGAAGGGAAAGGAGGCUAUUUGGCUCAGCCUCAUGAACUCAUUGUGUAUGAGCUUGUGAGAGCCCACGACAUCACACAGUCCUGCCUGCCUUAGACCUGGGAGACAGAAGAACUAUCUCCAGGAUGUGUGAGAGCCCCACCUUGCAGCUCCUUCCACACUCCUGCUGAAAGAGAAAGUGCCUCACCUUCCACUGCUGGCACCUGUCCUCUGAUAUUUGCGCAGUGAUGAGCUGGGGCUGGUUUCUGUGAAGGGAACAUUUACUUAGUAAAGAACAGAAAACCUUUAGGAUUUGUUCAUACGUGAGAAAUAGUAAUUACUAAAGCCAUUGGAGGCAGUGAAAUGACACAAUAGAGACAGGCCUCAAGAUUCAACAGGUUCUGUUACUCAGACCUCCUCCCAGACUCAGCCAGUGAUGGCAGCCCCCCAUGACUCCGGGGUGGCCCUAGUGGCGGAUACCUGACCCUGUUCCUUCGUGAGGAGUGCAGACCAUACUGCAGAAGAACUGGGCCCACCCAGCCGUUCCCAGAACACACAUGGGCUGCCUUAGCCAAGGGAGGACUGGGCCAGGAAGGACUUCAGGGAAGGGUGCUGCUGGAUGGCAAGCGCCAGUGGGAAAGCAACAAGUGACUAGAAAAAUAAACCAGGUAGAGCCCCUGCAGUGUGUGUUUUUGUGUGGGAGGAGGUUCCCUGGUGCAGCCAAAAGCUAGUUUUUAUCCUGAGGUCAGAGGGGAUGUCAACUGGAAAGGGACGGAAGAGACCUGACUUGCAUAGGUGGGUGGACCUCUUAAAGACAAGUUCUCAGGGCUUUUUGCUCAGGUCACUAGGAGCUGGAGGCAGAGGAGGAGGCUGCUGUCCUGCUGUUCAUCCUGGUGAUGCAGCCCAAACCUGCGUUCACAGAAGGGAUCAGCACCUCUGGAGUGCAGGGCACCUCCUGGGAUCCAGGAUGGUGGGAGGUGAUCCAUGGUGGCUUUGGGUCAAAGGGGUGACAGGGCUGCUCUCUACUCAGAGCCUUUGCUUAAGUUUGGAUUCUGCCCAGUUUAUUCCUGGGCCUAUUGUGUACCCUUAUGGACUUUAAUAGUGUUGAGGAAAUAGUGGUUUCAAGCAAGGGGAAAGCCAAGAACGUUUUUCUUUUAUUUCUGUAACAUGGAUUCCCUGGCCCCACUCUGAGCCAUGUGACGUUGGUGAUAACUUCUGACCCUGCAAUGGUUCAGGUCAUGGGAGUUUUCCUUUCCCAGGAAGCUGAACUGAAGAGUCAGCACUGAUGAGCACACGCCCUGUCCGUGCACCUGGAAAGCAGGAACCAGCUGCUGGCUUUGUGAUUUGUUUCUAGUUCCCCUGUGUCUCUGGGCUUCCUUAUCUCCCACCCCACCCCCCACUAUGUGUCACAGCUCUUGGCUUUAACCUGCAGCCUGGACUUUGUGGGCCUUCUCUCCCCUGAGGCAGCUGAGGGGCAGAACUAGGAACCCAGAGGCCUGGGUUUGAAUCCUCAUGCUGCCUCUGGUAGGUCAUGACUGGGCCUCGUUCCUUCCUGCCUCUGCCAUUCCCUUGACUGCGCUCUGAGUGAGACGCGCCCAGCAGAUGUCGAAUGGCUAACCAAACGAUGCCAUGCUGACUGUUGACAUAAGGCAGAGGCUGUCUGUCUGGAAAAAGGUUCUGGCCACUGUUAGGAGGUCAUCAGUACUUUGAACUAAAUGACUCUCCGACUGCCUAUAGGGUAUUAUUUGGGAAAGUGAAGGUGUUGUCACCAAGAAGGGAAUGGAUGAUUUGGUGUCCCCCAACACCAAACCACAAUUGGAGGAGAAUCGUGAGGUAAUGUCCUUGUUGAUGGCUCGUGGGUGGAGAGAAAUCUGGAACUGAACUCCUGAGAAUAUGUAGCAUAACUUCUGUCUCAGAACCUCAAGCCUGUGGCCAAAUCACCCUGGACACACCCUGUCUCACCCUGGACACGCCCUGUCUCGUCUUGUCUCGUCUCAGAGGCUGGGCCAGUCGGGCCUGGUCUUGGAAGAGAGAAAGCUUCAUACAGGUUUCUGAUUGUCAGCAAGGUAGGCUUUCAUUCUUUCAUUCACUCACUCCCUCCCCUCCUCCCUCCACAGAUCUGUAUGGCAGCCCUGGGGCCCACAGGUUUUGCGCUAGAAUACCCUGCCCUUCAGUUGGGCUCCCCAUGGGCUUUACCAGCUAAGUUCACCAACGACUAAGUGGUAGAGCUGAGAUUAAACUCCAGAGUCCUGGAGAGGCCGUGUGUAGCCCACGCUUGAUGGAGAGGUGCCCAGCACUGCAGGGCUGCAGGCAACAGGCCCCUCGAGUGAGCUCCCUGGUACCUGUGUGCACGUGUGUGGGAGUGUCAUAGAGCAGUUGGUCGUCGUUACUCAUGGAUUGUGAAUUCUCCACUCAUUAAAGCUUAUCUGUAACCCAGUCCACACUCAGUGCUUUCAUAGUUAUUCACAACACUGACACUUGCUGAUGACGCGUGCAUCCUCAGACUACGCAGUGAACUCGUGGUUUGUUUAGCAGCGGGUCUUCUGCACUUUCUGCUUUUUCCUGGCGGUCUUGCUGUUUAAAAUGGCCUCGGGUGUGGCGCGAGUAGCACUGCUGGCUGUGAGCCCAGUGUGAGCACAGCAGCAAUAAAAGCAGUAAGGUGCCUUCAUCAGAAACACGAAACCAAGGUGUGGUCAGAGGCUGGAAGAACCCAGUUCUGUUUCCUGAGCCACUCAGUACUCACUAACUCAUUGUUCGGGUUGACUAUAGAACAGGAACUACCACGAGUAUAGAGUAUCAUCUCUCCAUGUGUAAGCAGUGACAGUGAACUGGCACAAGCCGCCCAGAAUUAGAGGUGCAUGAGCACUGAGGGGAGGGGUGCUCUGUGUUGCCCCUCACAUUGGUGCUACCAGCACUUUUCUCACUGGAGUGGCAGGCGUAUCGCAGCCAGCUCUGGCUUCCACUUGCCAGGGGGAGUUUCUGCAGGUCCUCUCCCCUUGACCACUGUCCCCCUCCCCCAUGCAGUGACAGCCUGGUAGAGCAUGGAGAAGGCAGAAGCCUGCAGGCCUGCCCUUCACAGCCCACAGCAUCCAGGUGACUUCCCACCUAGUGCAAUGCAGGACACUCCCACCUGUCUCUCACGUCUGUCUUCUCAGCCAGCAAAUGAGCACUGGUAUGUAUCGUGGUGAAGGAACAGGCCUGUCUUCAUGACCUCCUACAGCUGCCUGCUCUCCCUUCUUAGCCCAGCUCCCAGAGUUUCUUCUCUUCACCUCAUCCUGCACUG